GCGGGCGGGCGGUGAGUCUGGAGCGAGCGCGCAGUUGGUGCUUUGGCCCCGUGCCUCUCCCUCAGCGCACUUGGGCUGGCUGCAGCUCGGGGGCCCGCGCUGCCCCUGACUUCCCUUCUGGGCGAUGAUGCAGCCCGAGGGCGCCUCCGUCCCCCGCCGUCGCUAACCCCGGUCCCCACUCCAUGGCCGCCUCGGCGCCGCCCCCACCGGACAAGCUGGAGGGAGGUGGCGGCCCCGCCCCGCCCCCUGCGCCGCCCAGCGCCGGGAGGAAGCAGGGCAAGGCCGGUCUGCAAAUGAAGAGCCCAGAAAAGAAGCGGAGGAAGUCAAAUACUCAGGGCCCUGCGUACUCACAUCUGACAGAGUUUGCGCCACCUCCGACUCCUAUGGUGGAUCAUCUGGUCGCAUCCAACCCUUUUGAGGAUGACUUUGGAGCCCCUAAGGUGGGGGCUGCAGCCCCUCCUUUCCUUGGCAGUCCUGUACCCUUUGGAGGCUUCCGAGUACAGGGGGGCAUGGCUGGCCAGGUACCCCCAGGCUAUGGCACUGGGGGUGGAGGAGGUCCCCAGCCUCUUCGUCGACAGCCCCCUCCUUUCCCGCCCAACCCUAUGGGCCCUGCAUUCAGCAUGCCCCCCCAGGGCCCUGGCUACCCACCCCUAGGCAAUAUGAACUUUCCCAGCCAACCCUUCAACCAACCUCUUGGUCAAAAUUUUAGCCCUCCUAGUGGGCAGAUGAUGACAGGCCCAGUGGGAGGAUUCGGCCCCAUGAUCUCACCCACCAUGGGACAACCUCCCAGAGGGGAGCUGGGUCCUCUCCCCCAACGCUUUGCCCAGCCAGGAGCACCUUUUGGCCCCUCUCCUCUUCAGAGACCUGGUCAGGGGCUCCCCAGCCUGCCCCCUAACACAAGUCCCUUCCCCGGUCCAGACCCCGGCUUUCCUGGCCCUGGUGGGGAGGAUGGGGGGAAGCCCUUGAAUCCACCUGCUUCGACUGCUUUUCCCCAGGAGCCCCACUCAGGCUCCCCAGCUGCUGCUGUUAAUGGGAAUCAACCCAGUUUUCCCCCAAACAGCAGCGGGCGGGGUGGGGGCACUCCAGAUGCUAACAGCCUGGCACCCCCUGGCAAGGCAGUUGGGGGCUCGGGGCCCCAGCCUCCCCCAGGCCUGGUGUAUCCGUGUGGUGCCUGUCGGAGUGAGGUGAACGACGACCAGGAUGCCAUUCUGUGUGAGGCCUCCUGCCAGAAGUGGUUCCACCGCGAGUGCACGGGCAUGACUGAGAGCGCCUACGGGCUGCUGACCACUGAGGCCUCUGCCGUCUGGGCCUGCGACCUCUGCCUCAAGACCAAGGAGAUUCAGUCCGUCUACAUCCGCGAGGGCAUGGGGCAGCUGGUGGCUGCCAAUGAUGGGUGACAGUGGCAGGGUGGCCCAGGGAAGUACACACGUCCCUCCCUGCUCCUCUGGGGUGAUUGUUUCCGUGUCUGGCUCUUGGUUCUUGUUUCCAGUGGCUUCCCAUCCCCAUGGGGGCAGGAAAGGACCCGAGGUGGGCAGGCAGAAGACGGCCUGGAUUGCUCAGUUUUCUGGAAACUUGCCUGUUGAGAUCUCCAGAGGUGCAGGAAACCAAAGCCUUGCUGCACAGAGCCAUUUUCUGGGUGGCUGUCCCUGGAGGCCUAGGGCUGUGGCUGCCGGAGAAAAGGGGCUGGAGGAGAAUCUGGAGGGCAGGGAUGUCCCCUCUGUAGAUGAUUGCUGUCAUCUAACACCUGUGCCUAACACCCGUGUCUAGCCACACAGCUCCAGCCUUAUCUUUUGGCGUCAAGGUUUCGGGCCAGAGGAGUUGGGUCUCUUCCCAUCCCCGUGGUGGUAUCGUAGUUUUUUCAUGGGCUCUGUGAGACGGCUUGAGGGCAUGAAUGGGGAGUUUUCCCUCUUUCCACCUUUCCUUUUGCCUCCAAGAGCUACCCAACUUCUCUCAGAACCAGAUAGCUCGAAGAAGCUGGCGAGUUCUUGGCUAUGACAGUUGCUUGGUGAUUUGAGGCUUCGAGACAGUAGGUAAGAGAUGCUGUCAGGACAUGUCUCCCUCAUACCAAAGUCACUGGUCCGUUCUCAGCCUCUCGUGCUUUUCUCCUAAUGACCAUGUUUUUGCCAAAAAGUGGGACAUGUGGUCUGACAGACCAGUCUAUUUGGAGUUUGGACUGUCGUGGAAGUCUGGACUCUGUGGGCGUCCUACCCUCCCUGCCUUGUCCAUCUGUUCUUGCACAUUAUCUUCAGCGCCUUUCUUCACCGUUUGGCGCCCUGUGCCCCUGCCUCCCCAGCUUAACUGAAGGAAGGCUGGAAAAGGGGCAGAGCCCUUAUACCUCAUGUCCUCCCCUGAUAAUAGCAUCCAAGGGAGGCCCUGUCACA